CCCCCCCCCCCCGCCGCCUUGGCGUGUACGCGUACAGAUGACAGGCAGUGGACCCGAGCGCGUUGCCGUGCUGGUCGGGUUCGCCCGAACUGCUGCCAGCACGCGUCCCAGCUCAUUCACAACCUGCUCGACAGCAUACAGCAGGAGGGGGCCGUUCCCGGUGGCGGCGGCGGUGGCGGCGGCGGUGGCGGCGGACGCGGUCGUGGCCGGGGCGGUGGUGGACGAGGGGGCGGCUUCCUGUGGUGGGGACUGGGGCAGGCCACUCCCCUGGUGGCGGCGGAAGCAUGCAGGAGCACUUCACCUAUCAGUACCCACCUCCAAGUGCGGACUCGUCAUCGGCAGGGGAGGGGAGACGAUCAGAAACAUCAGCCAGCAGACGGGCGCGCAGAUCGAGAUUCAGCGCAACGCCCCACCUGGCGCUGACCCUAACUUCAAGCUGUUCUUCAUCCGUGGGGGGGCAGCAGCAGAUAGAGCACGCCCGCCAGCAGAUCGACAACAUUGUCAACUCGGGUGGCCCACCUGGCCCACCUUGUGGCUUUCCUGGUCAAGGUCAGGGCCCUGGUCCCUUCCAUCCUGGUCCCCCAGGCCCUCCCAGGGGCCCGCCGUCGCAGCCCUUUGAGCAGCCUGGCUGGGGAAACUUCCAGCAGCCGUGGCAGCAGCCUCAGCAGCCACCCAUGCCGCCAGCAAUGAACCCUGGCAACGCACCGGCAGAUCCGAAUGCGGCCAACUGGGCUGCCUACUACGGGCAUCAGGGCGCCAUGCCAGGCGGUAUGCCUGGUGGGAUGCCACCAGGAAUGCCAGGCGGGAUGCCGGCCGGGAUGCCGGGAGCCAUGCCCGGCGGCAUGCCCGGUGGUAUGCCCGGCGGCAUGCCCGGCGGCAUGCCCGGUGGGAUGCCCGGUGGGAUGCCCGGCGGGAUGCCCGGCGGGAUGCCGGCUGGAAUGCCUGGCGGAAUGCCGGCUGGAAUGCCGGGCGCCAUGCCGGGUGGCAUGCAGGGCGGCAUGCCUGGGAACAUGCAGGCUGCCAUGCAGACCGCCAUGCAGCCCGGCGUACAGCCUGGCAUGCAGGCCCAGCAGAUGGGAAUGAUGGGAGCUCAGCAGCCACAGCAGCAGCAACAGCAGCAACAGCAGCAGCAACAGCAGCAACAACAACAGCAGCAGCAGCAACAGCAGCAACAGCAGCAGCAGCAGGUGGCUGCGCAGCAAGCAGCCGCAGAUCCCAACCAGGCGACGGUUGGGCAGAAUGGGCAAGUGGACUAUACGAAGGCAUGGGAGGAGUACUACAAGUCCAUCGGCCAGCAGCCUGGGCAGCCUGCCGGCGCUCAGCCAGACUACACCAAAGCCUGGAGGCUUACUACAAGAGCCAAGCCAGUGCCCAGGCGGCCGUGACCGGAGGCAGCGACGCGGCCGCCCAGCAGGCCGCCGCGGUGGCAGGUGCGGUGGGGCAGGCCGGCCAGGCUGACGCUCAGAUCAACCGACAGCCAGUGGGCCGAGUACUACCGGCAGCAGAUGUCCUACUACAACCAGACCGCCGUCCCCUCUCCACCGGGCGCUCCGGGAUGCAGCAGGCAGCAGCAGCAGCAACAGCAGCAGCAGCAGCAGCAGCAGCCGCCGCAGCCUCCGCAACAGCAGCAGCCGCAGCCACCCGGGGCGCAGCCUCAGCAGGGACAGAUGCAGCAGCAGGGGCAGCGCCAGGGGAUGGGAAGACCUCCGCCUCCCCCGGGGCACUCUCACUCUACCCCGUGAGCAAGCCAGGCCCUGGUAAUUUGGUGGCCCCCCCCACACUGUGCUGGGACGUGCGGAAGUGUAAAACGUUUGUGGGUGCUCACUUGAUGUCAUCUUGAUGAAGAUAAAAAAAAAAAACGUUACUGCAAUGUGUAGCGUGAAUGCUGCACGCAAAAAGAAAGGAAAGAAACGCAAUGAAUGCAGUCAAACUUCUUUAAACCCGUCGACUAUUAACUCGACGUCACGUUUGAGAACUUCCAUAACUUGAGUUAUAUUUCCCGUCGCUCUUAUGCUUGUUGUAGUCCAAAUUUUAAGGUAGUUAAUUGUGUAGCGUGAACCUCAAAUCUCGGACGUGUUCCAUGGAAACAAAUGUGGUCGGAUUAAAGAAAGCGUGACUGUAAUUACUCUGGGGUGGGGGGGGGGGGGUUAGGGUCAACUAUUAUGUACAAACAAGUAACUUCUGGGUACUCAACUUUUCUGUAGGCAGUAGUAGUGAAGGUGAAAUCUUUGCCGAAAAAAGGUAAUGUUCCGAAAUGGUGUUUCAAGUGCUGGCAGAGGGUUGGGGUGGUGGCGAGGGAGGCAGUUGUGUCAAGUUUUCCGCGCGUGCUCCGAGACCUGUGUGAUUGAGUUUUCCAGCUGUGAAUGACGUAUUUGGUUGGUGGGCUAGAACGUCAACUUUUUAAUUUAUCCGUAAGGAGUUUUAGAAAUUAUAGAUGGGGUCCGCUCGCUUGGUCGGGGGUUUUUUUUUGUUUGUUUGUAGUGUGAGGUUUUUAUUUGUAAUUCGAUUAAAAAUGUUGUCCACCUAGUCCCCUCUUGUCCCCCCCCCCCACACACGUGUGGUGCACGUAGGAAGCAGCGUAACCUCCGAGCCAACGAUUAAAAAGUCAACGUCUUGCGCGUCGGCGCCCGCCUUGGCCCGCGCCCGUUUACCCGUAACGUGUGUUCACCUUCCCCGUAGCGCUAACUUCUGCUGCAGAGACGGCUCCGCUGAAAUUGGGUGGGGGAUGGGGGAGAAAUCUCUCCCAGAAGUGGUAGCUUAGUUGCAUGGUUAUGCCCAGAAGCCCUCGUGUGCUACUCCUCUGCGGCAGCAGCAGAAGUAAAAAAAACAAGCAUUGCUACGUAGCUUUGUUUGAAUUCAUAUUUCGCUUCCUAUUUUGUAUUUUUUUAUUUGCAAUUUAAACGGCCAACCUUGUAAGCUGUCUUUCGCCAGAGUUUCUUACACCGCUGUGCUGUGCAGUUGAGAGGGAAGGAGGAAUUCAGUACCAAAUUGUCGGUGGGGGAAAGCGGUUAGUUGGUUGUUGUUGUUGUUUUAGGACACCGGCCUUUGUUCAAGCCUUGUUGUUGACAACCUUUGCGGCGAGGGCAGCAAGUGCAGAAAUGUAAAAGUUUGGUUGGCAAAAAUUUCACCUUUACCCUGUGAAAAAUGUUAAACUUAGAUUUUUUUUAUUUUAUUUCUAACCCGUAGCCUAAAAGCCUGCGUAAAUAGAUAAAAAAACGUACGUGAAGUAACGUUCGGUUAAAACAACUGGUUUUGAUGAUAAUGGUGAUGUAGAAGGCUUUUUUUUCAACUUGUGUACGCUUCAAUGUGUUUAACAAAACUGUUUUUGAAGAUGCUCAUAAUUAAAAGAAAUGGCAGAGGUGUUGCAUAUGUUUCACUGAUGCUGUGAUGUCACACAAAUUGCUCGUUGCUACUCAUUUUGUGCUGCCCUGAUAUGUACUGGUCAAGGUUUGUUUGCGAUUAAAGGUUGUCAUGUUCUGUUUUAUUUUAUUUUUCCUCCUGACAUUUUCUGCAAAAAGCAAGUGGGCGGGGGAGGGUAAGUGUGCGGUGGGGAUGUGAAGGCUGCGUUCUCUUCCCCCCUCCCACGUGCCCUCUGUCCCCUGUCGAACAGAACAACCAUCAAUGCGGCGCCUCGCGUUUGUUAGAGAAGACAAAAACGUGUACACAGACGCCUCGCGGAGCCCCCUCCUCCUCCCCCCCUCCCAGUGCCCGUUGCGUAAGCUCCUGUCCGUGGUGUGUGUGCGCUUCGUUGUGAACUGCUGUGCCCCCUUGUCACUUUGCCUGGUGGGGGGGGGAGGGGAGGGGAUGGGGGGGAGCGGUUGGUUCACAAAGAUCCUUUGUUACACUGCGUAACGUUCAAGCAGGUAAGAACCACAGCGGGGGGGCAGGUGCGUACGUACGCAUGCGAGUACUACCCUAUUCUCCGGAUUAUGACGCUUUCCCCCCCCCCCCUGUAUUUACAAAGCAAAAGUGGCGGAGCUGCUGGGGGGGGUGGGUGGGUGUGGAUCUUAUUCUGUAGGUGUGCGUGUGUGACCACACCUGUGUGGCUUGAUUUUGUCACCUUUGCCUUUUUUUUUAAAGCAAAAGUUGGGGCAUGCUUGUCAUCCGAUAGGUGUCCCGCUUGCACGCGAGACCAGAUUCGUAUUACCUCGUUGAUGCCGGGCGCAGGUUUGGGUGGUGGGAGGGCAGUGGUGCGUUUUACUUUCCAGAGCAUCUUAUAAUCCGGAGAUUACGGUAAUUGAGGGGUGGGGAAGGAGAACGGGAGACAUAGGGCGAACGCGUUGGCUCGUUGCUUUGCGAUAAGUUCCCGCUAGCGCAGUGUUGUGCUGUCUUGCCCGUGUCAGAUGCAGCCCCCCCCCCUCCCAGCUAGUGAUCGGACACUCGCCACCCUUCUUGGCGUAACGCGUCGUUGAGCAGUGGCGAACCGGUACGAUGGUAGGCCUUGGGUGCAUCCUAUAUUGGCAUUGUGCUGUGCCUGCCGGACUGCUGCUGCUGUUGUCGGUUGUGCGCGCGCGUGUUGUGCUCGCCUGCUAUGUUGGCUGUUAUCUAGUGCGUGUCUUCUAGAGCGCAGCGCACCAGGACCCAUCCCCGCGCAUCCCCCUACUACUACAGACUAUUUAGAGGCACCCGGAAUAAGCUGCCCGCAUCCCCCGCGCUGGCCGACGCAGGCAAAGUAUUUGAUUCCCCACCUCUGCCCUGUGCUCUGCCCGAAUCUUGCGAUGAGUUGUCUUGCCUGUCGCGUUCCUUGCUCAAAAAAAAGAAAGAUGUCAUGGGUUAAUUAUGGGACGAACAUGUAGGCCGGUGUGUCUUGUGUGCUUCUGUAUUUGCACGUGUGGGUAUAUGGAAAGCGAAGUUGCGUAGUGGUUAGCGCACUGCUACGAACCUAUGUAUACGUUGGCAUGUAUGUUUGUUUGAAAGUACUGUAUUUGAAUCCCCUUGUGCCCUGCCCAAAUCUUGCGAUGAGUUGUCUUGCCUGUGUGUUGCCAAUGGUGUCCGUCGGGGGUUAAUUUUGGGAUAAAUGCAGUUGAUGGGGCUGUGUGUGUGUGUGCCUAUACAUGUGUGCGUUUUCGGAAGUGGUGGUCUGAUGGUUGCCGCAGUGCGCUAAGGUGGUGUGCGUGCGUGUAUAUUCAUGUCUGCGUGUGUGCGUGUCGCGAGCGGUGGUGCAGUGGGGUCAGUACACUCCGCCAAAAAACUGGAGGCCGGAGUUUGAUUCCCAGCUACAGCUAACAUCAGUGGUGAGUUGUAUCGAACAGCUUCCGGGCCUUGCCUAGGUCGACAGUGUGAGCCGUAUUAGGAAGACAACGUUGCCAUACCAUGCCCUCGUUCAUCCACCUUGUUGGCCUCGAUAGGUGUUUGCUAACAUCACUUGCCCCAGCGGUCUUGUGAAGGACUAUGCGUGUGUCUCUGCUUGUCUAUGUGCACGCAUCUCUCCACAUCAAGUUGAAUACGUACAUCUAAAAGUCAUGCCGUACGAUUGUCGCGCUCGUGUUUUUGUUUAGUCGACACGAUGAACUUGCGAAUGGCGAGAGCGGUAGCGAUAUUGACGGGUCAGUAGACCUGUCGAGUUUUGUUUGGUGUACAUUGUAUCUGCCAUGUACAUGCAUUUACAUGUUGCUCUGCCGCAAUGUUUGACAACAGCCGGUCCUUUGACUUGUUUUGUGUUUCUGUUAUGAGAUAUUCUGGAGCCCCGUGAGAAGCUGACCUCCAGCCCCACGAUGGGAAUACAGCUCGCGUGCAUUCGUGCAAAGAAGCGUGUUUAAUUAGCUAUGCCCUUUAAUUCGCCUCUUGUUAGUUUUCUGACCAGUCUGAUAGAAACGUGGUCAGACUUGCUUCGCCCACUGGGUCUGCAAGUUAACCCAGAUAUUACUCUGUUUUUUUCGGUAAAGUCACGUAGAAAUAA